GACAACAUGAAUAAUGAUACUUUGAUGUCUACUUUUCUGCUGAUGAGAAUCUCCAAUGUCCGAGAACUACAGAUCUUACACUUUUUCCUAUUUCUAGUAUUGUAUCUGAUGUCAGUAACUGGCAACCUUCUCAUUAUCAUUGCAGUGGCCUUGGAUUAUCACCUUCAUACCCCUAUAUACUUCUUUCUGUUCAAUUUAGCUAUGCUAGACCUUGGUUCAGUGUCAGUCACAGUGCCCAAAUCUAUGGCUGUGUCCCUUAUGGAUGACACUUCAAUUUCAUAUGCUGGAUGUGUAGCUCAGGUUUUCUGUUAUCUCUUCUUUCUAACUUCAGGCUUUUGUAUCUUAGUUAUAAUGGCUCAUGAUCGCAACAUUGCUAUUUGCAACCCACUGCAGUAUGAAAGAAUCAUGCACAAAGGAGCCUGCUUUCAGAUGGUAGCAAUAGGUUGCUUUAGUAGUUUUUUUUAUGCACUCUUACACACUGUUGGUACUUUUGCAAAUACCUUCUGUUCUAAUACAGCCAGUCAGUUCUUCUGUGAAAUCCCACAGUUACUCAAGCUGUCCUGCUCUGACCUCUAUCUUGUGGAAGUUGGGCUUUUUGUAGUGAGCUGCAGUAUUGGGCUAGGAUCCCUUAUCUUCAUCACCAAAACAUACUUUCAGAUCUUUUCUACAGUGCUCCGAAUCCCCUCAGUACAUGGUCAGAGAAAAGCCUUUUCUACUUGUAUUCCACACCUCAUGAUUGUCUCUAUGUUUGUAUUCAGUGCUGCCUGUGCCUAUGCAAGGCCUCCCAGUGAUACAUCUGCUGCUCUGGAUAUGGCUUUUGCUGUGGCAUAUGCUGUAAUUCCACCCCUGUUGAAUCCAUUCCUCUAUAGCAUAAGAAACAAAGAGCUCAAGAUAGCUUUGUGGAAAUUGUUAAAUUUCAGGUUUUCCUCUAAAACCGUUCGUACCCAUUUUUAG